AUGAUAUCGUGUGUGGGCAGCGAGGCGCAGGCGCAGGCGCACAUGCAGCGGUGGCUCUGCGCGCGGCGGACGGCGCCAAACGCGGGGAAGCUGCGCGCCGGUGCACAUCUCAGCCAGAGCCGGCUGCCGGCCGCCGGGAGUGCGAGCGCAGUACGGCGUGUGCCGGGCGACGCGAGGCCGAGCCGAGAUAAGCCGCGACGUCGACACUCGUGCAGAUUUAAGAGUGGGCCACAUUUCGCGGAAAAGGGAGGCGCCCUGGAGUCGGAUGUGGUGACCCCCGGCCCGUCUCCGAGACGUUGGGAAAGUGCGGGUGACGUCAGAGGCCGCGCCGCUGCGAGCCGCAAGGAGGCGAUGGCGAGCGCGGCGGACAGCGGCCGCGUUUAUGGCACCACUGCAAGGAGGGAGGAGGGCCAUGUGAAGGGUCAGAAGGCGUGUGAGUGCAGGCUGCAGCAGGAAAUGCCCGCGCUCGCACUCAGCCACCUGUCGGGGCGGCCGCGCAUGUAA